AUGAAUGAUCUCAAGCACUCGAAACUGCUCUUUGGACUAUUAGCAUUGACUGUACUUGCGGCUCAGGCACCCACUAUUGAUGGCGCUAGAAUACUCGCUGUAUACGCACACCCGGCCAGUAGUCACUACCAGAUGCAUCGAGUUUUGAUUAGCGAGGUGGUGAAACAUGGCCAUCAGGUGACCAUGAUCACCGCAUUCACACUUGAGCCACUCAAAUUGGGCAGCAAUUAUACGGAGAUACUCAUUGAGCCGGUGUACGAUUACUGGAAGCUACUUAACAAAAAUGCCGAUACAAGUACAGUUUACGAAAUGAAAAGUGAUGCCCUAUCUGCAUUUAAAAUGUUUGAAAUUGUGGCUUUGGAGACUACCGAACACGCUUUGAAACAACGUAAAGUCCAGUCAAUUAUUAAUGCGACAAAGACCGAUGGCGUCUACGAUUUGCUAUUGGUAGAGCAGUUACAUCAAGAAGCUUUUCUUGCCUUGGCUCACAUUUAUAAGGUGCCUGUAGUGAGCUCUCAAACUUUUGCCAAGCAACUGUACAUGAGUCAAAUGUUCGGCAUGAUUUCACCAUGGUCAUACAUACCACAUGGUCUACUACCUCUUACUGAGCGUAUGAAUUUUUGGGAACGAGCUUAUAAUAGUUAUAUUUCAUUACACAAUGACUUUCAUUUAGAAUUUAGUUAUUUUCCUAAAAUGGACGCAUUGGUGAAGAAAUACUUUGGACAUUUGCCAAUUCUAUUCCCCAGUAUUUCAGAGAUGAACAGAAAUCUCUCUGCUACUUUCAUCAAUAACUACACUCCUUUAGCGUCCGCAACACCAACAAUGGAUAACAUAAUUAAUGUCGGUGGUCUGCAUAUCAAUCAUCCGAAGCCAUUACCCGCCGAUUUACAAAUGUUCUUAGAUGACGCCGAACAAGGCGUCAUUUACUUUAGCUUCGGUACACAAGUACAUGCCAAGGAUAUGCCGCUUGAGAAGCUAAACAUAUUCAUCGAUGUCUUCCGCCAGCUAAAGCAACGCGUUUUGUGGAAGUUCGAAAAUGCCAGCAUACCAAAUUUGCCAGCCAAUCUUAUGACUAGAGACUGGUUGCCACAAAAUGACAUUUUAGCGCACCCUAAUGUACGCGCUUUUAUCUCUCACGGUGGGCUAUUUGGCACCCAAGAAGCUGUUUAUCAUGGCGUACCGGUGCUGGGCAUUCCGUUCCUCUUCGAUCAGCAAUUAAAUUUGAAGAAAGCCGAGCUUGGUGGAUUUGCCGUAGUUUUGGAUUUCCAUACAAUAACACGUGAAACUUUGAAGCGUGGUCUAGAGCAGUUGCUCUUCAACCCCACCUACCGGGAUACAUCCAAAAAGUUCUCGCGUAUUUUCCGCGAUCGUCCAAUGGGUCCGCGUGAGACGUUACUCUAUUGGAUCGACUAUGUUAUACGUCAUAAUGGAGCGCGUCAUUUACGCGCUUCUGGCAUGGAUUUGAAGUGGUACCAAUUCUAUUUACUGGAUGUUGCUGCUCUGGUGGUGGCUGCUGUGGCAGUGGCAGGUGGAUUGGUUACUUUCACAAUACGUUGGGUCAUCCGUAGAUUAAACAAGUGGGGCAGCAAACAAAAACGUUCGGCAAUAUUCGGCAGCCUGUUGGCACUCGCCAUACUAGUCGCUCAAGGACCAAAUGCGGAUGCCGCCAGAAUACUAGCAGUCUACGCCUUCCCAGCGAAAAGUCACUUUAUGAUGCAUCGGGUCUUGAUUAAUGAGUUGGUGAAGCACGGACAUCAGGUCACCAUGAUUACAGCGCACACAUUUGAGUCACUCAAACUAGGCAGCAACUUCACUGAGAUACUCAUUGAGCCGGAGUACAGUUUUUACACGAAGGCUUUUCUCUAUGAAAUGAAAAACGAUGUGGCCCUGUUUCAAAAAUUGGUUGAAAUUCUGGGCGAGGCCACCACGGACCAUGCGCUUAAACUACCAAAAGUACAGGCAAUUAUUAAUGCCAAACAAACGGAAGAUGUCUUUGCCAUUAACUUAGAAUUCCAUACACUUACACGUGAAACCUUGAAGCGUGGUCUGGAGCAAUUGCUCUUCAACCCAACAUAUCGGGAUACUGCCAAACGGUUCUCGCGCAUUUUCCGCGAUCGUCCAAUGGGUCCGCGUGAGACGGCGCUUUAUUGGAUCGAAUAUGUGCUACGCCACAAUGGAGCGCGUCAUUUGCGUGCUGCUGGCUUGGAUUUGAAGUGGUACCAAUUCUAUUUACUGGAUGUUGCUACUCUGGUGGCGGCUGCUGUAGGGGCGGCUAUAGGAGUUGCUGUUUUGUUACUGCGCUGUGGUCUGGGAAAAGUCAGCGGUUUAAAAGGCAAACAGAAAGUACAAUAA